AGCAUUCAAUUGAAUUGUCUAAACGAAAGCCAACCACUACUAAGUGAUGAGCUUCAAUCGUAUUGAUAUUUUAACUUUGUCUUUGUUCUAUUACUAUGAACGAGAUAAUGAGGUAGUGAAUGUUGAACUAAUUCACUUGUUUGCUGGACAACAUGAUUAUCAGACUCAGCUUCAUCGUUGUAGCUUCCAUUGCUGCACUCAAUAUUUCUGCGUCAAAAAGAAACCAUUUGGUAAAAUCUCAAGCAAGCAAAAGAAGUGAUAAUUCACACUCUGAACAUGAGUUUGAGGAAAUGGAAAAUAGCAUUGCUUAUGCUAGUGAUGUAAUACAGAAUGAAGAAAAGAAGAAGAUUAAAAUUGAAAUGCCACAAAUUGAAAGUUGUGAAAAUAUGGAGUAUAUCACUGAAAAGGAGUUGCUGCAGAAUUUAAUAAAAAAUUACAAGCAGAGGGAAAUAAGCCUUGAAAGGAAACUUAUUGAAUUGAAUAGACUGAAGGAAGAGAAAUUCGUCAUUUCCGAACUGAAAAUGCAACUGGAGAAAAAGAGAGCAAAAUUAAAAUCUCUUGAAGAAACAAUUGCUUCUUUUCGGUUCGAAAGCAAAAUUAUUAAAGAAAAAAUAGAAGAGGAUAUCAUGUGUAAAAUGCAGUUAGAGAUUGCAAAUAAAAUUAUAAAUGAGAUGGAAAGUAAGAAGGAUAUGAUUGGAAGCCAUGUCAAGGAUCAGAUGUUGAUGCUUCAACAGCAAGUAGACGAAUUCGAGAAGUAUAACGUUGCUACUGCUACGGUGAAUAAGGAACAUGAACAUGUUGAAGAUAGAGAAUUAGAAGUUUUGGAAAUGAAGAGGAGAAACAAAGAGCUUGAAUUGGAAAAGAGGGAAGUAGGAACUAAGUUAGCUACUGCAUUAGCAAGAAACAAAUCAGAGGAAACAAAAGUGAUCCAGAUACAAGAAGAAAUAAAUGAUUUACAACAUGUUCAUGAACAACUUUCAGAACAAGUUGAAAUAUUGCAGAGGAACAGAUUUGACCUGGUACAAGAGCUUGUGUACCAAAGAUGGCUUUUCAUAUGCUUAAGGUAUGAAGUCAACAAUCAUAAUAAAAAGCAAAUUAGAAAGGCCACAAGACAAGACUGCACCAAGAUUUUAGGCAAAGAAUUGUUGCACGACAACAAAGCUCAUUCAUUCGCAUCUGAUUCUGAACAUGACACCGUCUCUUCGAAUGCUACAUUCGAUGAUUUUGAUGAAAUCGAAACUACCACCCUCGAAAGUUCUUCUAGUAGUCAAAGUAACAGCAGUAGCAAUUCUAGUUUGCUUAAUAAAUUGAAGAGAUGGAAGAAAUCAAAAUAUUACAAUGAGAAGAGUUCGCAAAAGGGUGGAAAUAGACCAAGCAGACCUGGACUAAUACGUAGGUUUUCGAUGUCGAUGGUUGAAUCGAAUCUAUCAAAGCCAAAGAAUAGUUGUGCUGGUGGUGAUAGUCCAUUUAUGAAUCUAGAGAAACCACCGACAAGAUUGAAGAGAGUGUCUUUCAGUGAUUCGGUUAAAAAAUCGACUUAUCAUGUUAUGCAAGAAGAAGUUGAGGAUGUAACUGAUGAAAAUGAAACUAACUCUGAUCUGAAUUCAACUAUUACAUGCUUGGAGUUGAAGGAACAUAAGGAAGAAGAACAAUAUGAUGAUGAAAUGAGCAACUCAUAUGAAAAUGUGGUUUGUAACCAUGAAAAAGUCGAUUCCUCCGCAGAGAAUGAAGGUAGCAAUAUCAAGGAUCAAAUUGGUUGUUCAGAUGAUAGGAUUAAAAGCCUGCUGGUGCAGCUGCUAGUAUAUUUCUUCCUUUUGUUAGUCCUUUUAGCAUAUUUCAGGAUCAAUUAACAUUACCCUUCUUUGUUUAUAUUAUAUUAAGUGUGUAGCUUGUUAUGUCACACACAGAACUUGACUCUUAAAUUCAGUGUUUAGAUUGAAACAUAACCCUUAAAUUUUAACUUGCAGUUAUUUCAACUGAUAUUACAGAA